UGAUUACUUGUCUGUGAUCUGUCUCUUCCCACGGAAAGGAAAGUCCCUGAGAGCCUGGGUUUUAUAUGUCUGGAUCCACAGAUACACUGCAGUGCCUACAGAGCCAUAGUAGAUGGCUGAUUCUGACUCUGGGGAAAGAAACUAUGACAACAUGCUGAAAAAACUGUCAGACCUGAAUAAGGACUUGGAAAAACUAUUAGAAGAGAUGGAGAAAAUCUCAGUGCAGGCGACCUGGAUGGCCUACGACAUGGUGGUGAUGCGCACCAACCCCAUGCUGGCCGAGGCCAUGCGCCGGCUGGAAGAUGCCUUCCUCAACUGCAAGGAAGAGAUGGAGAAGAACUGGCAAGAGCUGCUCAGUGAGACCAAGCACAAACAGUAGGUCCCACCUGCCUACCCACGGCUGCCAUGCCACCAUCUGCCUGUGUGGAGAAGGCACUGGGGACAAAGCGGGCACCCAAAUCACAGCUGUAUGCACCAUACUUGUUUCUCAGUAAACUUAUUUUCAAGCACCA